AUGAAUUGGGACAAUAUCUGCUUCAACGCCGCAACACUGAUCGCAGGCGUUUUCGUCCUCGACUACGGCGCCGACAAAUUCCUCGACCACACCGUCAUCGUGGGCCAACGAUUAGGCAUUUCACCAACUCUAAUUGCACUUUUAACAGCCGGUGCCGAAUAUGAAGAGCUUGCCGUUGUCGUCGCAGCAAUUGCGCAAGGCCACAGUCCCCUCGCGUUAGGCAAUGUAGUUGGAUCUGCGAUUUCGAAUGUCCUGGGCGCUUUCUCAUUGGGUAUUCUUUUUCAUCCCGGUGCGAUGGAAUUUGAUCGGAGUGCGAAGAUUUACGCGGCGCUUUUGCUUUUCAUCACGACGCUUUUUGUUGUCUUGGCGUUUUUUGAUCAGUUGAAUGUGGUUACUGGUUGGCUUCUUAUUGGCGGGUUUGUGGUUUAUAUACUCUCUAUUGGGUAUGCGAUUUAUAAGGGUGUUACUGAAGCGCCGCAAUUGUCGGAUAGUGAGAGUGACAGUGAUAGUGAUGAUGAUCUGCCUAUCGCACGCGAUGAUCGUGCGGUUGGCCAGGACGGGAUGUCGGAGAACUCUCCACUCUUGCAUGAUCCAAGCUCCGUCCUGGAAGGUCAUACUGUGAAGCCUACGAUGUCACUCUUCUACCACCUGUGUCAACUGCUCUUCGGGCUCCUCGCACUCUCUCUAUCCGGGUACAUCAUCGCACAUAGCGCAGGUGCCCUAACCCAGUCUUUGGGGCUAUCCGGUACUGUCUUCGGUUUGACAGUAAUCGCUUUUGCGACCACCCUGCCGGAGAAGUUCAUCUCAGUGCUAAGUGGUUCCAGAGGACAGGGUGGCAUUGUGGUUGCUACCACGGCAGGAAGUAACAUUUUCUUGUUGACUAUCUGCAUGGGGGUUGUUGCUGUUACUGGAAUACCGGUCAACCAUGCAGAUAACUUUGUUCUGUUUGAAUUGGCGACGGUUUGGGUAUCUGCGCUGUGUUUGGUUGGUAUUGUCUUCCUUGGAUCGAGUCGAAUUGCGGGGUUGGCGCUUCUGGCUGCGUACAUUGUGUUUAUAGUUCUUGAGUUCACGGUGUAUAAACGUUGA